AGAAAUUGCUCAGAGCCUGUGUCCUGGGACAUGGACAGAAUUCUAUUCUGAGGACCUUGGGGAUAUACCUUGACAAAAGAUGUCUUGCAGCUGUGGAGUUUUCAUUCUAAUGUAUGCCCUCUAUGUCAUCUUGGGGGGAACAUUUGACUUUUCAGAGUCAGACAUACCAAGUAUAAGAAGAUGGUGGUCUGUCCUUUUGCUGGAGAAAUUCCCACCAAGAUCGGUCUUGGAAAUCCAGCAAAGAAAGAGAAGGCGGACUGACAAGCCACACAAAACUGUGGCAACUGUUGACCAACCCCUGAACAUACAGGAGCUUCCUCCGCUGGUCCUUCGUGAAAUCUUACUGGAGGUUGUGCUUCAAGAUGGUGAUGUUGCAAUUGGCUCCCUUGCCCUCACCUGCAGGUGCUUCAACAGCAUUGUGAGCAUGGAAAGUUUCCGCCGAGAGGCUCACUUUCGGUGGUUGGACAGUGUCGUGAACUGGAAGGCAUUCAGUGAAAAUUUCAGAAACCUGUACAGGGUUCCAUACAGUCUAUCCAGAUGUCUCCAUUGUGAGACUACAUACAAAGACUGUGGUGAAGGCUACAGAGGAAGAGGGCAAAGAGGUGUGAUGCAGGGGUUCUAUGGCUCUGAUGACUUCCAAGGAUACUGCGAACACGACUGUUUCUAUGAGACUGGAGGAAGCAUCUAA